UUCGUCGGACUCGUUUUGUGUUUGGCUUCGUCGGGCUAAAUUUGUGCGUGAUUUAAAAAUAGGUUCUCCCAAAAAAGCAGGAAACAAGUUGUUUGAAAACAAUUCCUGACUCCAUCGCGUUUGUUGAUUCGUGUUCGAGUGUUUGUGUGCUGAUUUCUCCAGCAAAUCAAUCAGUGUUUUACCCUUUCUCACCAGUUUUUCCUUAUUGUUGUUCCACCAUCGAACAACAACACAUUUGACUGAGGCAGACAGGGAAAGUGCUGCACCGCCCCUCCUCCUAACCAGGUACCGCCCUCCCUUCACCCCGAGUCGUCGUCGAACCCAGCCAGCCGCAAAACGACUCAAAACAGAGGAAAAAGUAAAACCACCACCCAGUGAAAAACCAUGCCAGCUGAUGCAUUUUCAAGAAUGGAUUCGUCCGGAUCGGCCGGAUCGUCCAGCGAGGCCAAGGACAUCCCGGCCAGCGUGGAAGCGGCCCUGCUGAGGGCGCGAACCGAGAGCGAAAGCUCGGACAAAUCCGGUCCCACCCGGUUCGUCCUGCCCGGAACGUCGGGCAGCCCGCCCAAGAUCCUCACCCUGGAGGAGGUCCAGCACGCGGUCAAGAACAUCGAGAACAUGACGCUGGCGCACGAAAUCGCCGUCAACAGUGACUUCAAGCUGCAGCCGUACGAACCGCCGGAGAACUCGGUCGAGCGGAUCAUCAAGGACACGAUGCACAAGGCGUUCUGGGAAGUGCUGCGGGAACAGCUUGGGCGCGACCCGCCCUGCUACGACAUGGCGAUCCAGCUGCUGGCGGACAUCAAGGACGCGUUCCAGAGCAUUUUGAGCAAGAACAAUGAGCGGGCGCUGGCGCGGAUCAACGAGAUUCUGGACGAGCAGGUGGUGCGGCAGCAGGCGGAACAGGGCGUGCUGGACUUCCAGGCGUACGCCAAGUUUGUGAUUCACAUUAUGGCGCUGUCGUGCGCGCCCGUUCGGGACGAGCAAAUCGGCAAGCUGAAGGACAUUACGGACGUGGUGGAGCUGUUCCGGGGAAUUUUGGAGGUGCUGUCGGUGAUGAAGCUGGACAUGGCAAACUGUCUGCUGGACGCGGCCCGGAACGAAGUGAUUGCCAACUCGGUCGAGUACGAGAAGCAAAAGUUUAAGCAGUUUUUGGAGCUGUACAAGGACGGGUUCCCGGAGACGGAAAAGUGGCUCAAGCGGAACAAGAUGCCGGAGGCGGUGGCUGGAGGAAGUGCCACGGUUGAAGGCGCCACCGACCAGCGUCGCGCCAAGGACACCAUCUUCAACGCCUAUCUGGAGCUGAUCGACUGGAAUACGGAGAACGAGUUCCCGGAAAUGCUCGAGAUGGACCGGGAUCGCGUGAUCGGCCUGCAGGGUCGUGCCUCGCGCCUGUGCACCUGCGCCGCCACUCUUGCCAUCACAUGUGCCGCCGUUCCGUUGAUCGCUCAGUCUGGCGAGUUGCGUAAAAGUCUCGCCGCCGAGCUGAUCAUCCUGGUGCAGAACUGCAACAACACCAAGGAUUUGGACGACAUCAUCGAGAACAUCUGGCUGCACGUGCGCUCCGUCAUCCAGAACCGACUCACCGAUCUCGUACAGCCCAAAAUGGACGAAGCGCUCGAGAGUACGCUGAAGACGCAGAUUCUCCAAAUCGCUAAGAAGGAAUCGCCCGUGCGGAACCUGCUCUGGAAGCGGCUGCUCGCCUACAUCCAGCUGGUGCUACGGACCAACAAUCCCAUUCCGGUGCCGCCCGGCUUCCAGGAGUUUGCCGACGACAUGGAAGCCCUGGCGGCGGCCUUCAAGCGAAUUUCCUACUACAACUAUGCCGUGUAUGGAGAGUACUACCACGAGAUCCUAAACAAGGCCUAAUUUGUUUUCCGUUCGUGUGUGUUUGUAGUACUUAGUUCGUCUUUCAUUGUGAAAUAUAGAUAUCUUUAUAUUUUUCGUUUAAAACUAUUCUAACAAAUAAGAACCGGAGAAAGAGUUCAUUAGUUUAGAACAACAAUCCAGAAUUGAAAAAGAAAGAGCGCGCGGUGUUUGAAAUGUGAUAGAACAGGAUCGAAAGGAUGAACUAGUCAGGCGCGUAGAGAAAGCACUGUUUACUCACCCCUAAAUAAUAUCUCUAUCCACUGACGCAAAACCUAUAAUCAAUAUUAUUACAAAGUUUUUUACUAUUCUUCGCGUAACUACAACAUUUAAGACUUAUCCUGACGCGGAAGAUGCGCGUGCGCGCGCAAAGUGUAUACAUUAUUCGUGUAGAAAUAAAUAAAUAAAUAAAAAGUUUUACCAAACAUUUAUUCAAACAA